GCGGGAGGAGAGAGAUGAUUCGGCGUUUCUAGCUGCUGGAAGGGGAGGUUGGUUGGUUUUUGGCCGGUUUCGGUUUCGCUCUCUGCUGCCGAAGGGAACCAUGAGCGCCAGCUACGACCGAGCCAUCACCGUCUUCUCCCCGGACGGGCACCUCUUCCAGGUGGAGUACGCCCAGGAGGCGGUGAAGAAGGGAUCGGCAGCGGUUGGUGUUCGAGGAAAAGAAAUUGUUGUCCUUGCAGUGGAAAAGAAAUCUGUAGCCAAAUUACAAGAUGAAAGAACUGUAAGGAAGAUCUGUAUACUGGAUGACAAUGUUUGCAUGGCUUUUGCAGGCCUAACGGCUGAUGCCAGGAUAGUUAUAAAUAGGGCUCGUGUAGAGUGUCAGAGCCAUCGACUCACUGUGGAGGACCCAGUCACGGUUGAAUAUAUCACGCGUUAUAUUGCCAGCUUGAAACAACGUUACACUCAAAGUAAUGGGCGCAGACCAUUUGGCAUUUCUGCCCUGAUUGUGGGUUUUGAUUUUGAUGGAACUCCAAGACUAUACCAAACUGAUCCAUCAGGUACCUACCAUGAAUGGAAGGCCAACGCCAUAGGACGAAGUGCAAAGACCGUCAGGGAAUUCUUAGAGAAAAACUACACUGAAGAAGCCACGGCUACAGACAGUGGUACCAUCAAGCUCGCCAUUAAGGCUUUGCUGGAGGUUGUACAGUCAGGUGGAAAACAUAUCGAACUGGCAGUGAUGAAGCAUGAACAGCUCUUACGGAUCUUAAAUCCUGAGGAAAUUGAGAAUUAUGUUUCAGAAAUUGAAAAAGAAAAGGAAGAAGCUGAAAAGAAGAAAGCGCCAAAGACCUAACAACUUUAAUUACACAUAAUAUGCUUGUCUACCUUUGUUUAUAACUGGUAAAAAGCUGAGCAUUCCACAUUUUACUAAUCUACUUGAAUAAACUGAAUUUUACAUCAUGAAA